AUGGUUAGCUUAAGAAGCUCUAAAGUUAAGUCUAGAAAAGUCAUCAUUGAAGAUAGCAGCUCAGAAUAAGCAGCUGAUAACGAAAGCGAUAAUGAUGCUAAAAAAAAUAAAAAAGUAAAAGUAGAAACUAAAGUAGCACAAAAGUCAACAAGAGGUAGAAAAAAAAAAUCUUCUAAAGAAUAUAGCGAAGAAGAUGAAGAUUUUGAAGUUGAAGCCGAUGUAGCAGAAGAUGACGAUGAUGAAGAAGAAGAUUAUGAUGAUAUAGAAGAUAAAGAGGAAUCCUUUAAUCACUAAAAAUAAAUAGAAUCUAAAGCAAAAAAAAGUUAAAUUAAAAAAGAAGAGAUUGACUCUGAUGAAGAGGAGUUUGAUGAAAGUGAUGGAGAAAAGGCUAAUAAAAAAUAAGGUAGAAAUAAAUUAGAGAUUUAAAAAAAAUCUCAAAGCUAGCUUACUGGGAAUAAAGUUUAAGGAAAGAGAGGAAGACCUGCAAAGAUAAAAAAAGAAGAUUUGGAUGAAAAAGAGGGUAAAAAUUAAGAUGAAAAUAAUGAAGGAGAAGAACAGUAGGAAUAAAAAGAAGAAGUAAUUAAGAAAAAAAGAGGACGUAAGCCUUUAAAUUAAUAAAAAAAGGAAGAAUAAGAUAACUCAGAAGACUCAGAGUAGUAAUAACAAUAAUCAAAUAAUUAAGAAACUUCCUAAAUGGCACAGAAAGGUAAAAGAGGAUUUAAAAGAUGUAAAAAUGAAAGUUGCUCUCAAUUAAUUUAUAUCCAUUAGAAAGUUUGCCCUCAUUGCUCCUUUGAGCAUAAAAUGUCAGUACAAACUCUUGAAAAAAAGUAAAAGGAUAAAAAAGAAAAGUCUUCAAACACAUUCGAAGUUCUAAAAGCUUUUAUAGAGAGUAGUCAAGGAAAUAAAAAAGUAAAGAUUAAAAAGAAAGAUCAGUUACCUAUUUAGCAAAUUAAAAAAAAUGCAUUAUCUUUGGAUGAGUUUAAUAUUGAUCAAGAAAACUUAAAAUAAAUGUUUAAAGAGCCGAAAGGUUCUUUAUUUACAUACUAGGAAGAGGAGUAGAAAAUAAGGAACUAAGACUCAUUUGAAGAAAGUAGCUUGAAGGGUUCAAAGCCAUCAAAAAAGAUAAAAAAAGAAGAAUCAAAAGUACAAGAAAAAUUAGACUAAAAUAUUUAAGGAUAAAAGAAAAAUGAAGAAAGCAAUAUUUUAGAGAUACCUAAGAAUAAUAAGUACGAUUUAAAGGUGGACAUGAAUUUUAACAACAAGCAAGAAACAGUGGAUAUUCCAUAAUUUGGUCACUUUUGCAUUUUUAAUCAACCCCAGUAGUAAUAGUAAAAGGAUUAAGAUGACUAGAAAGAAUAGCAAGGAGCUCAAAGCAAAAUUACACAGUUUUUAAAGGGCAACAAUGAAAAGUUAAAACAGAGUAAUUCAAUUAAAUAGGAAGAAUAGCAAUAAAAAUAAGGUGAUGAUUGGAGGUUCUUUUUGAUGAACAUUGGAUUUCCUAUUACUUGUGUUUCAUGGAGCUAUACAAACAUAGAAAGUGAGUGGAAGGAUUAGUAUUUGGCGGUAGGGAUAAAUAUAAGUGAAGUUAGCUAAGAUAAAGAAAAACUUGAAAUAUUUCGUACAAUGGAGGCAUACAACCUUCUUGGAUGUCAUAGAGUAGGUUAAAAAUAUGACUGUGAUGGGUGUAUAUUAAUUUAUAAAAUACCUUACGAUAAGCUUUCAAAUACUUUCAAAGAACCUGUUCUAAUAAGAAAUAUAGCUGUUUAAGGUACUCCACUUUCUAUCAAAUGGAUGCCAAAAUUUAGUUAAAAUUCAAAAACCUCUUAUUCUGUUUUAACUUCAAAUGGAUCUAUUUAUUUUUAUUCUUUUGACUUUUCAAACAAUGAAAAUAGUUGUGUCUCGCAAAUAAAAAACAACAAAGCUAUAAGUGGGUAAAAUAAUUAAAGUCUCCUUUUUAGACAAGCUUAAAAGCAGUCUCCUUUAAUGAAAAUAACUAUAAGUCAAGAUGUGAUUUUAUCAUGUUUUGAUUGGCUAAACAAUGAAAACUGUAAUUAUCUCAUAGCUGGAGAUUAAGUUGGAAAUAUUUAUUUUAUAGAAAUUUAAAAUAGUUCAUUUAAAAUAGCUUAAUAUUAUAAUAAUGCUCACAUAGGAUAGGUUUUAGAUGUUAAAUUCUACCCAUAAAGCAAUCAAUAAGAACAAAUAAUUUUUGCUUCAUGUGGGUAUGAUGGAUUAGUAAAAAUAUUUGACGUAUACGAUUCUCCAUUCCCUGUGUUUAUUUACGAGUCAUGCUUAAAAAGCUGUAAAAGUAUUGAAUGGGAUAUCGGAGGAAAAUAUUUACUAGUUAAUCGUGAUAAAUAGCAGUUCUCUUAGUUGAUACUAUCUUUUUUUUCUACCUCAAAUUCUAAAAACAUAGAACUUAAUAACUAUGCAGAAGCAAGAUAGUUGUAAAAAAUUAAUUAAGACUUUGUCGUCACAACGUCUGCUAGUGGUUUUUUUUCUUCGUAUGUUUUUAGCUCUAACGAAAGUGGGAAAAUAUUUUCAAAUUUUACAGAAUAAAAUAGAAGAAUCAGUGUUAAAAAAGUUAAAAAGAAAUCACCAGAAUGUGAAGGGUUUGAAAUAUGCAGUGGUUCAUUUUUAGGCUAAAAUGAUUCAAAAAGGCAUUAUGCUUUGUAAUUAAGUGAUUUAAACUCCUUUUUCUUAAGCAAAUAAAAUGAUGAAGAGGGUAAUGGGAAAGAAUUAGACGAAGAAAUGGAUGUAGAAGAAACAAAUAAAAAAUAAAAGAACUCUAAACAAAAAAUUUAGAAAGAAUUUUAAAAUUUCUAAAAUUAAUCAUAUGUCACUUCAAUAAAUUUAUCUCAAAGUAAUAUCAUCUCACUUCAAAUUAAAACAUCUGAAAAGAGUAAUAAUAAUGCACAAAUAAAUAGUUACACUCUAGAAUCUUUCUUAGCAUUUAGUAAUUAUGGUGGUGUUUUGCAUAUUUCUAAAGUUUAUAUUUGA